GCAGUAGAGGAUGCGCUAAAUAACGAGCACGUGGUGUGUUGAAAACAAAAAUUCUAAGUUCAAAAAGAGUGAUUGUCAAUUGCGACCUGUCUGUUUAAUUUUACCAAAAUAUACAUAAAGUAAUAUGAUUUCUACAAGGAUUUUAACAUUAAGGAGCUGGAAAAGAAUUGGAUACAUGAAAUUUCAGAGAAUAACAAGUGCAAGGAAUGAAUCUUCUCAGACUAACAACACCAAUUCAAAUGAUCAAGAAGGAAAACCCUCGAAACGUGGUCUAAUCCUCGGAGUUUAUGAAAAACAAGACAAAAGUGAAGGCAUUAUAUUUACAUCCUCAGCUGAUAAAUUUAAUAAAGUGACCAGUGGGAAGCUACAAGAGCAUUUAAUUUUGUCAGGUUCAUCUCUUAAAAAAGGAAAAAACAGAAUAUUUUAUGGAUUGGAUAAGGAGUAUCCAUGCGUUUCUGUUGUCGGUCUUGGUCCAAAAAAUGCCGGCUUUAAUGAACUUGAAGAGAUUGAAGAGCAGCGUGAAAACAUUCGAAUUGGUGUUUCUGGUGGAGUAAAGCAAUUACAAGAGCUUGGAGUCACAGAGGCUUUUGUUGAUUCUUGUGGUGAUUCGGAAGCUGCAGCUGAGGGGGCCUCUCUUAGCCUUUUUACUUAUGAUGAACUGAAGAAAGAAUCUUCUCGGAAACCUAAAGUUGACCUUCACCUUUUUGAUUCAGAAGAAGCAUCAUUAGCAUCUUGGAAAAGAGGACUUACUGAAGCAGAAGGUCAGAACUUAGCCCGCACUUUAAUGGAAACUCCCGCAAACAUAAUGACCCCUACCAGGUUUGCUGAGCAUGCAGAAGAGGUUCUGUCAGACAAAGGUGUUUCCGUGAUAAAAAGGGACAAAGCUUGGGCAGAAUCAAAGAAGAUGGAAGCUUUCUUAAGUGUAGCAAAAGGUUCAGAAGAACCACCUGUAUUCUUGGAGCUUGCCUACCAUGGUAUCGAUAAGGGUGUAAAACCUCUCGUCAUUGUGGGAAAGGGAAUUACAUUUGACAGUGGAGGGAUAUCCCUUAAACCAGCAGCAGGAAUGGAAGCUAUGCGUGGGGACAUGGGUGGAGCUGCCUGCACUAUUGGCACUAUUUACACUCUAGCUGCUCUGAAGGCACCUGUCAAUGUUAUUGGCUUAAUUCCACUCUGUGAAAAUAUGCCCAACGGAAGAGCAAAUAAGCCAGGUGAUGUUGUAACAGCCAUGAAUGGAAAGACGAUACAGAUUGACAACACAGAUGCAGAAGGAAGGUUAAUCCUAGCCGAUGCACUCUGCUAUGCUUGUACCUUUAAUCCCCUGUCCAUUUUAGACAUGGCCACUUUAACAGGAGCCAUAGUGAUUGCCUUAGGGUCUGGUGCAACUGCUGUUUUUACCAACUCCUUUAAAAUGUGGCAGAUGAUAAAUCAGGCUGGGAUGAGAACUGGUGAUAGGGUGUGGAGAAUGCCGUUGUUUCAACAUUAUACAAAACAAGUCACAGAAUCUCAUUUGGCAGACUUAAACAAUGUUGGAAAACACAACCGACAAGCAGGAUCAUGCACUGCAGCAGCAUUUCUAAAGGAAUUUGUUCCUGUUGACAACUGGCUACACUUAGAUAUUGCUGGUGUCAUGGAAAAUAAAGAUGAAGUUCCAUACCUGUCAAAAGGCAUGUCAGGAAGACCAACCAGAACAGUUGUUGAAUUUGUACAAAAAGUUUUCAAAGAAAAAGUUUAAAAUGUACCUUAUUUACAAACUUAUUUUGAAAUUGGAAUAGUCUUAUUUCUGUAACUGGAAACAUGUGUUUCUUUCCAGUAAGAGUAUAUCAUGAAUAAUUUUCAACCAAUGAUAAUAUUGUGGUACUUCAUCUGUAUUAUUAGUUUGAGUAAAGUUUACGUGUAAAAAUACUAAAAA